GUAAACUUCGGGUUUACUUUUUCUGUGCUUUGUGAAAAAAUCAGCUUUAAAACUUUAUAAAUCGAGUGAAAUUUGUUUUCAAGUGUAAAAACGGGGCCGAUAUGUUCCGCCUGCUGGUUGCCGGCAGCGAAUCGCUGAUUCGUGGCUGUUCAGCGCUGCAACCCCUGCGAACGCUUGCGAGCUCCAGCGCUUCACGAAACACCGCAUGCUUUAUCAGCAGUCAUCGCCGGCUGGGAGAUCCGUCGACGAAUGUUAAUAGACAGCUGCUUCAACCCAUUCUUCCGGCGUUGCAUAACUCUAGAGGAACCAGCUUCUUCAAUAAAUUGCCAGCGCAGGAGAUCUGGAAGGGUGUCAUCUCGGUCAGUAAUGCCGGUAAGAAGCGAGGACGAGGAAAGGGGUCCGGACGCAUCACUCCGAAGGAUUUGAAUAAGGGCCAAAUUAUCGGUUUCGGUAAGGCAAACAUUGUGUGGCCCGGCCUGUCUGCGCCGAUAAUCCGAGGACGCGAGUUAGUGAAGCAGCAACAGCUCCCGGAAGACAAGGAACGAGAGGCCAAACUGAAAAAGAUUCGCGAUGAGAUGGUCAAUUUUAAGCGAUUGAAGCUGAGUCCACUGGAGCGAGGUUGGUCUGGUUCUAAAAUGCCGGGGCGAAGCAUCGGUCCCCCGGAUGCCAUUGGAGAGGAUCGGUUUGAAGGAUUUGAAACAACGGUUUUGGAACUGAAAACCGUAGUCAACAUGAAAGGUAAUCUUGGCCGGAAGAGACGUGUAUCUGCGAUGACCAUCACUGGAAAUGGCAACGGUUUGGCUGGCAUCGGAUUCGGCAAGGCCAUCGACAUAAGGGCUGCGUUGAAAAAGGCGAAAAAUCGCGCCGGCCAGAAGCUGAUGUACUUUGAGCUGUGCAACGGUCAUACAGUUUUCCACGACUUUUACUGUGCCUUUGGGGCGACAAAAAUGUUCGUAGAGCGUAAACCGGAAGGCUACGGCUUGAGAUGCCAUCGGGCGAUUAAAUCGGUUUGUGAAGUGCUAGGAAUCAAGGAUCUCCGCGCCAAGUGUGAGGGUUCUACAAAUGUGCAGCAUGUGGUCAAGGCUUUCUUCAUUGGAUUGCUGCAGCAGAAAAAUCAUCAACAAAUUGCUGAAGAAAAAGGUUUGCAUGUCGUUGAACUUCGCCCAGAAAACGGGAAGUUCCCGAAGGUGGUGGCAAGUCCGACCACAUGUCGAAAAGAGGAAGAUUUGGAGAAUAACGAAAUCUUGGACUAUACACAAUAUUGCAUGGAUGGCAAGAUUCAGCUUAAAAGGAAGAAGUUUCCACCAUUCUACACGAAGGAGCGCUCUUAUGAGAUAUACCUGAAAAAGCGAGAGUAUCUACGCAAUCAAGACAAGGUGCGAUUAAGGUUGCUAGCAGAGACAGGGGAAGUCCGUAGUUUCCUAACGGAAAAGUAUCCGGAGUGCAAAAUGGGACCGGCUCCGAAGGAAGAGUAGAUAUUGUAACAGCAGAUAUGUAACUUUGAAUAUAUCUUAUCAAAUGGAAA